AUGAUUGAGAGUCCUCUCAGUCAUUAUACAUCCUCCUCGCUCCCUGACCAUCCUCUCUCUGCUUCUAAUCCGUCCUCAUCAAUACCAACUAUACUCAAUAACACUAUACCUACUACUCCUCCUCCUCCUACAGCUUUGGCUCCAGUCAUUAAUAGCGCUUCUCAACUCACUCCACUCACCAUUGGCCUCUGGAACGCUCGCGGUCUCAGAGAUACCACCAUUGAUGAUGUUCUCCGUUAUUGCCAAUCCUUCUCUGUGCUGUUCAUUACCGAAACAUGGCUGAACCGCCAUCCCAUCCGACUACCCACCAAUUGGCAGCAAUUCCACUUACCUGGCGUCACUGUCGCAGGCGGUGGUCGUGGCUCUCGUGGCAUUACAUGCUUAAUCAACCCUUCCUGUCCCCUUACAGCAUUCCAGACGCCUUUGCCCUCUGCUCUUCAAGAGUUUGCUUUGGGUAUUCAACUUGGUCGUGAACUUCGGCUCAUUUGUCUGUAUAUACCACCUGAGCAAGCGGAUCUCUAUACUGAAAAUGUCUCUUCCAUCCUGAAUGCGAUCCCGUUGGAUCAUGACACAAUCAUCUGUGGCGAUCUGAAUGCCCGCAUGGGUAGCUUUGUUGGUGACUCCUCUACAAAUAACCGUGGUCGUCUACUUCAAGAGUACUGUGCCGAUAAUCAAUUAAACGUUUUGAACUGUCAAUUAGCCCACUCUACACCUACCUUUGAGGACCGUCGUAGUGGGCGGAAUGUAAGUAGCAUUGUCGAUUACUACAUCUCAAAUGUAGAAUCACUUUCCUUUGCCUCUCUGGAUACCUCAUCUCCACCUUCUUCCUCCUCAAUUAGUAUUUACUCUGACUUGUCUUUGGGAUCUGAUCAUAAACUGAUGUCUCUGACGUUUGAUUACCACUCAAACGAACCUGCUCUUGCUAUGCCUGCUACGCCAUCACCAUCACCUCGUCUCCUAUGGAAGCUCUCACGUCUACAAGAAACGGAUGUACGCAAUUUGUAUGCACAACGCUUUACAGCCCUCUCUCAACCGUUGCUACAACAGCUGAUCUCGCUUGUGCGCUCACCACCUGAUACACAACCUCCAAUUGAUGCCCUCAACAGUGAUCUCACCAAUUGCAUAUAUCAGGCACUGGAUGAAUCCGUUACUCGGCAAUCCCAGCGACCCAACUUUUGGAAGAAAUUCUGGACCCUCGAUCUUCAACGGCUCUGUGAUCAUCGUGAAGCUCUCUAUCGUAAAUAUCGUCGUUGUCCCGCUUCAUUGGACAAGGCAUAUUGGUGGAAUCAACAUGUGGAAGCACAUCAAAAGUUCAAACAAGCCCUUCGUAGAGCUAAACAGGUUUCGUGGCACGCAUUCUGUGAAUCUUUAUUCAAGCAAGACUUUUCAAAGGCCAUGUCAAAAAUCAAGUUGAUCAAAUCCAGACGACAAAGACAAUCAGGGUAUCUACAUGUGGACGGUGCUCAAGCUGGUGCUAAUGCUAUGCGUGAUCACCUUGCUACCAUUUAUGCUGGAUCCAAUCUCCCAACAAAUCGACCUCCAUGCCCUUUUGCUACACAUGGUAGACAUCUGCCAUAUGGUGUUCCUCCUCCUCAGUCAGCCUCCCAUCUUGGUGGUACUCGUCUGGCAAAUGGUGACAUCAGUACAUUGAAUCCGCAUGCUUCUCCUUUCAUCCCAUCAUACCUCUCACAUAGAACUCUACCACAUGAUGACUCUGACCCAACACGUCGUGUUGUCUCAGCAUCGGUCCACAACGAAGCUUUUGACGAGAUUAUUAGUAUUGACCAUAUCAUUCAGCAGAUCAAGUCGUUGCCAUACCGUAAAGCACCUGGCCGUGAUUCAAUUCGUGGUGAAAUGCUGAAACCCAUUCAGAAACCACUUGCCACUGUUCUGUCAUACCUCUUUGCUCUGACCUAUCAAUGGUCUUACACACCAGCGGAUUGGCGUCAUGGUAAUGUUUGUAGCAUCUACAAGAAGGGACCUGUCACGGAGGCAUCAAGCUUUCGGCCCAUCUCAUUGACUAGUACACUGAGAAAACUCUUUGAAAUGUGCCUUGCUCCCCUUGUCCUCACCAUUUCACCACCAUUAGAUGUAGCCCAGAAUGGUUUCCGAUCCGCAAGAAGUGCACUUGAUAGUGCUCUUAGUCUCCAAGACUUAAUGAAAGACUACCAGAACCAACACUACCACUGGCCAACUGUGUGCUUCCUUGAUAUCAAGAGUGCCUAUGAUGUUGUUGAUCGCCGUGUGAUCUGGAAUUCGCUGCUCUCUGCCAAUGCUCCAAUGCCACUUGUCUCAUUGCUCUCCAAUUUGUUUGACGAUGUUUCCAUUUCAGUGCUGAAUCAGCAAUGCGUGUCCCAAGAACUCUCACUGCAUACUGGAUUGCUUCAAGGCUCCACCCUUAGUCCCCACUUAUUCAGUAUCUUUAUCAACUCACUGCCAGCUUUGUUGCGUCAAGCUGCAUCGUCCUCCACCACUCGUGUCAUGUCAACAUCACCAUCAUGUGCUCCCUCUCCUCUUUGGUCCGUCAUAACACCCACUCAUGCUACUAAUAUUGCUAUUAAUGCUUUAUUAUAUGCUGAUGAUGUUGCUAUUCUAGGUUCUGCUCGUGAAGUAAAACAGAUGCUGACACUAGCUGAAUCACAUUCCCUUGCACUUGGGUAUCGCUGGGCUCCUGCCAAAUGUGCUAUCAUCAAUCCACCGUCCUCCACCUCAUCUACCUUUGUUGACCUGACCUUGUAUGGAGAAUCUCUUCCUGUUGUCGAUGAAUUUGUGUAUCUCGGUAUUCCAUUUGACCGCAAGGGCAUCUGCACAGCAUCUAUUGUCAAGAAAUGUCAGCGUGGUACCAUGGCUUCGAUGGCUCAGCUUAACUCCAUUGGAUGCAAUCGUUCUGGCUUCCCUCUGCUCUUCUCCACCAAAUUGUAUGCUUCAUUCAUCAGACCCAAACUGGAAUAUGGUAUUGGCAUUGCCAAUAUGCGUGUUGCUGAUUUCAAGGCUCUUGAAAAGGUCCAAGAUACGUGCCUCCGCAUGAUAUUUGGUGGCCAUCGUGCUGCUUCCACCAUGGUGUUUCGACACAUGACAAAUCUGCCUCUGAUGCGACAACGUGCUGCUAUACUGGUGACUCAAUUCUGCUUGCGCUCACAAUUCCUCCCAGAAGAUGGCCUGCUGAUACUGCUCUCUGAUUCUCUACCUGGUUCAUCUUUGAAAAGAUUAAAAAAGCAACACAUGGCUGCCCGCGCGCUUGAUGAAGUACCUUUUGCAAAUCAACGUCACAUGAAACAAUGGUUCCUUGCUGAACGCCAACAUUGGCACGCUGAGUUCCUGACAAAAACAGACAUGGUGCUGAUCCGUGCUUGCCGACCCACUAUUGGCAUUGAUCCUGUUAUGUAUGUACCUGCCAGUCGUCCUUGUCGUAGUCGUCUUAUUCGUUAUAGAAUGGGAUGGCUUCCGGGUAAGCCACGACCUUGUGCAUGCAAUGAAGAUCAUACAUCCCGUCGCCAUCUACAUGAAUGCCCCACUUUGCCACCUACUUUGCUUCUGUCUCUUCCUGUUCCGCCUGCUGACUUCACCGGCACCAUCAUUGACCAUGCUUUGAACUUGAUUCCAUCCUCCUCAUCUCCUUCCAACUGUCCACCCUGGUGGUCUGAUCUCUGUACCUUGCUGUGA